AUGUCGGAUCUUUCAGAAUCGUUCGUGGUAUCCAUUGCUCGGGCUCUCAACUCAAACCAGGUUCCCUGUGUCCUCUGGGGCCACUAUCUUCUCAAUGUCCAUGGCGUACCAUCCAUCAUUGGCUCGAUUGACUUUGUCAUUCCGGACGACCGGUUGGGGGUUGGCAUGAAGACUCUCACCCAGUUCGAGAGCCUCACGCCAUGUCCAAACCAGGAAGUCUGCCCCUCAAGCUCGCAGGAGCGCCACACGCCGCCACCAGCAUUUCACGUCCACAUCAAAGACUCGGAAGUCACCGUGGCUCUCUAUCCACAAUCUCAGACUAUUUGGUUCCUGCCGCCGCUCGACGAGUCUUUCUUGUCCCCGAAGAAACUCGAGCUUCCCUCGCAUUUCGUCCUCGCGUCCGACCAGACUGUUCUCCCACCCGGGCGGCCAGGCCGGGGAUCGGGUGUCUUUAAGUCGGACCAUGAUCCAGUUGUUGUCCCCAAGUCUCAUAUCUUGCUGGAAGCCUUUCUCCGUCUAUAUGCGCGCGAUUCGGGGAAGCGCAUAGGUGCCUUUGCAAUGGCAAUGAUUGGGUAUGUGGAGGAGUAUAUCGAUGAUGAUGGGCUGUUAGAUGCCAACCUACUUCCAGAGCCCCUCAAGACGUCCUACAAGGAGCUUAGACAAGGGAGGAAGCCGGUUCGUCAAUGGACGAAGGACUUGAAGGAGGCUCUUGGGAUUCUUGAGGAUUUCCAAUGA